AUGAGACAGAUGCUUCCAUCCCUCACUCCCACCAUCAGCACAAAGGAGGAGCCAUACCAUAAUCACAAAGACAGUAUUAUAGAUUUAUCUGAGUGCAUGUCAUCAGCAAAACUUUCGUUUAGAGCCAGUUUCCAUGCUGACUUCAGAAAGGCUGUAGAUGGCCAGCUAGCUAUCCAGAAAUACAUUGACCAAGCACGCAUGUCACUAGAUGGGUGGGGUGGAGACAAAGAGAUACGUGCCUUUGCCACCAUGUUCCAGGCGGAGCUGUGGGAGCUGCCACCAACCCCCCUUCCUCCUCCUCUACCCAAGCUCCGAGAUUUCCAAGUGCUGACGACAUAUUUUACCCCCACUCCCCCCCUAACCGACCCCUUCCUCCCCCACAGUGACAAAAAGUGUUUUGACUAGGGACUAUAAACUUUAUAACAAUAAUUAUAAUAAUAAGUAUACUGAUAAUGAUGUUCCAUUAGCCUAUAGUAAGCAUAGCUGUAGUAAGCCAUACUUGGCUAGUAACACUGACAACUAAUCAAAGGCCUUUGGACAAUCUCUUCUCAAAGUGUUGAAUUUUGAGUUGCUGGUUAUCUGGCCGCUUUGUAAACUGUCUCCACCUCAGAGUGCACCCAGAUAACUGUAAUGGUCACUGGUCAUUGUGGGGCACCUCCAAGUAAUCCUAGCCAGCACAAACGCACCCAAAAAUGUUCAAACAGGAUAUGUGUG